AUGUUCCAACCACAACCCACACCAUUUUCACCCUUCUCUACAUAUGGAUUAAAUAUAUCUCCACAACCACAACCUCCUCCAACACUUCUGGAUUUCAACAAUUUCCACAAUCACAAUCACACCACUCACCCUCACCCUCACAAUCAAAAUCAAAAUCAACAUCUUAACAACCACAACCACGACCACAAUUCAAUUUCAAAUACUCAAUCACUUCAUCAACACCAACACCAACACCAACAUCAACAUCAACAUCCUCAAUCCCACUCUCAAUCGCACUCUCACUCCAAUUCUCAUACUCACCCUCACCCUCACCCUCACCCACACCCUCAUCCUCAUCCUCAUCCUCAUCCUCAUCCUCUUAACCAUACACAUACACAUACACAUACACACUCGCAUUCGCAAUCUCACGCGCAACAACAACAACAGCGCUCAAAUUCUUUAUCUCAUUCCUCUCCUUCGGCAUGUACACCACCAACCACUACAGCUAUCGUGGAUAAUCUAAACUCAAUUGUGGUUGCAACUCAACCUGGACAAGGUACGACGACGGGACGCGGACUAGGAAAUACCCUGCAACAAUUCCAACAACGACAUCCACAACAACCAAUUUUCAAUCCCAUCAAUAGUAGCUCUGCGAAUACGAACCCAAAUCUGACGGGCACUAUCAAUCUACCCCACAACACCAAUACCAAUUCUUCUUUACCACCAUUAUUCGCACAUCAUAUUCAACAACAAUACAAAAUGGAGGACAAUGGUGUCAGUGGAGUUAAUGAUUUGGAAGCACAGGAAGCUUUAGCCAGGGAAUUUCAACCAGCAUUGGAGGGUCCAUUAGUGGGGGAAAAGAAGAGCAGUUUGGUGAUAGCUGAAGAAUAUGCAAAAGCUGACCCAAUAUAUGUUUCAAAAACUUCUGCGUUACCUCAGAAAUAUUCUCAUUAUCGACCGAUUCUCGGCGAUGGAAAUUGUGGAUGGCGGGGGAUAGGAAAUAGAGGUCAGGUAGAGGAAGAACUAGCGAGGAUAUUAUCGCUGAACAGUCUACUCACAACGGCUGGAGGAUUCGACGCCUGGAUCUUUGAGGAUAUGGUGGAAGAAACUACCACCUUAUUGAGAGAUAUGGCAGAUUUAAUGGAUACUUCUAUUCAAGCUGCCGAAUCCUUGAUCUUGGAUCGAUUCAAUAACUCGGAAAUCUCGAACGCUAUCGUAUACCAUUUUCGAUUAUUGGCUAGCUCAUGGCUUAAAGCUAAUCCUCAAAAUUACCAAGGAUUUAUACCAGACGGCGGUGGUGUCGAUCAAUAUAGAAAAGAAUGGUUGGAGCCACCUAAUCAAGAGAUAGAUCAUCUUGGUAUGACUUUACUUAUCGACGUUUUACUGAAACCUACUCGAUUCUCCGUUGAGAUUGUCUAUCUCGAUCGCAGUGAAGGAACACAAGUCAACAGUCACAUGUUUCAAGCCGAAGAUUCAAAUGGCCAGCCUACCAACCCAGGAGGUCCAAUUAUAUACCUUCUCUAUCGACCUGGUCAUUAUGAUAUCUUGUAUAAGGAUCUUGUACGGCAAAGUAUUGACAUGAGCACAAAUAUUCAAGUCAAUCGAGCCACGAAUUUUACUCAUCAGCACUCAACCGAAGCACAUCCUCCUAUGAAUCCUUAUCAAACUAUGGAUCUUCUUCUUAGUAUUCCGGGUGUCAGUUUCGCAUCACCAUAUUCAAACUUUGGUACGCAAUAUCAAUCACCGAUGUCUCAAGCAUUUGCACCUGCGCCAUCUACUGCCUUAUCACCUAUGUCCCCAACAGGAAAUUCAGUCUCAACACCACAAUCCGCAACAUCAGUCACAAGUCUUCCCAAUCGUUCAACAUUUACUUCGAUCAAUACUCCUACCCCAAUUAUCACCUCUCCACAUCCAUUCAAAAAUACGCCAAUCUCCCUUCCUAUUCAUACCUUACCUCCGCCUACUCCUCAUACUAUCCCAUCUCCUAUUUCACUAGGUAUACCUGCAGCAAGUUUUCGCCCAAGCAAGUAUGAAUGGGCGAUAUCAGCCGAUUUACAAGAGGGACCCGUGCCCAGUUUUCAAACUAGCACAUUUAAAAAUAGUCAUUACAAUACAGCGCAUUAUAAUAAUCCGAACUUUCAACCAGAGGAAUGGACGCCUGAGGAAGACGGAUUAGGUGUGGGUAGUAAAGGCGCAGGAGGAGGGUAUGGUGGAUGGGCAAGAAAGAAGAGUAGUUGA